AUGACCGGCCUCCCCAAAGGCAUCAAAGCCAUCCUCACCAAGGCCCCCACCGACAUAGUCAUCCUCUCCUCCCUCCGCACCCCCAUCUGCCGCUCCUACCGCGGCCAGCUCAAGGAUGCCUACCCAGAAGAACUCCUCUCCGUCGUCCUCCGCGCCACCCUCGACCGCAACCCGCAACUUGACCCCUCCACCAUCGACGAUGUCGCCGUCGGCGUCGUCCUCAACGAGCUCGGCGGCUCCAAGGCCGCGCGCAUGGCGCUGAACCAUGUCCCCGGGUUCGAAACCACCAAGACCUCGCUGUACACCGUCAACCGGGCGUGUGCGUCUUCUCUGCAGAGUAUCGCGCUGGUUGCUGCGCAGAUUCGCACGGGGAUGAUCGAUGUGGGGAUUGGCGCUGGGAUGGAGAGUAUGACGCGGAAUUAUGGCUCCAAGGCGAUUCCUACGGAUCUGUGGCCGGCGUUGAAGGAGUCUACGGUGAAAGAGGCCAGGGAUUGUAUCAUGCCCAUGGGCCUGACAAGCGAAAACGUCGCGCAACGGUACGGUGUCUCCCGCGCAGACCAGGACGCGUUCGCGGUGGAAUCGCACCGGCGCGCGGCACGAGCACGGGAACAAGGGUGGUUUGAUCAGGAGAUUGUACCGGUAACGACGCAGUUCCAUGAUAUCGACAAGCAGGGGAACCGGCUGGAUCCUGAGGGUGCCGGGAAAACAAUCACCGUCACCCAAGACGACGGUAUCCGUCCCACGGCCACGCUGGAAGCCCUCGCUAAGCUCAAACCGGCCUUCCUCCCCGCCGAAGCCGGCGGCGCCAGCACGGCGGGGAACUCCAGCCAGGUGUCUGACGGCGCGGCUGCGACGCUUCUUAUGCGACGCAGCACGGCCACCCAGCUCGGGUUGGACUCGGCCAUCCUGGGGAAAUUCGUCGCGGCUGCUGUGGCAGGGUGUGCGCCUGAUGAGAUGGGGAUUGGGCCCGUCCUAGCAAUCCCGCGGGUCUUAUCCCAGCUCGGCCUCACACUCGAGGAAGGACGGGAAGUAGUGGACAGAUGGGAACUCAACGAGGCGUUUGCCAGCCAAGCGCUGUAUUGUGUGCGGGAAUUGGGGUUGGAGGGGGCGUUGGCGGAGGGGAAGGUGAACCCGGAUGGAGGGGCCAUUGCGUUGGGACAUCCUUUGGGUGCGACGGGGGCGAGGAUGGUGAGUACGUUGAUGCAUGGUCUGGGGAGGGGGGAUGGUGGUGGUGGGCAGGUUGGGGUGGUGAGUAUGUGUGUUGGUACGGGGAUGGGGAUGGCGGGGGUUUUUGUGAGGGAGUAA